ACCAGAACGUUCCCCCAGAGCAGAUCGGUUACGAGCAACUGCACUACAGACAGGACAAAAAGAUUGGGUACAAUGGAAGUGAAAGUGUCGGUGGAUGGUAUCCCACGCGUUGUUUGUGGAGUUACAGAGAAAACAACAUGCCAAGAAGUAGUCAUAGCGUUGGCUCAAGCCCUGGGUCAAACUGGGCGCUACACGUUACAGGAGAAAUUUAAAGACUUUGAGCGGUGCAUGGCCCCUAAUGAAUGCCUCCUGGAGACUCUUAAGAAGUAUGGUGAGCAGGCCAGGGAGGUCCGACUCACACUGCUCCACAACGGACCCUCAGUCUGGGAUGAAAUGAGCAGGACAAAGGUUGGCAGAUACCAGCCCUGCCCGCCAUUAAGAAGAAAAGAUGCAGGCACCAGAAUGCGGCGGGGCAGCAAUUCACUAAGUUUGCAUCGCCAAAGCCUGCCACCGCUGCCCUGUUUAAGACAAGAGGCUGAGCAGCAAAAAGAGGACUUGAAAAGGCCUAAAAGAAAGUCUCUGACGCUAAUGGAGGAGGCCUGGGAAUGGCUGGAGAGUCUGGGUAAAGGCAAGGUAUAUAGUACUGCUUGUGAUAAUGAAAACAGUAAGAGGACAGAUAAAAGGAAUCGUACCUCUUUGGGUGUUUCUCUCACUGUUAACGAAGGUAACCCAGGUCAAAGCAGCAGAAGCAAAAUCAGAGGUCAGAAAAGUUUAAAGUCAGACUUGGACAAUCAAACAUCCUGCUGCAUGGGAAGUCAGACCAGGAGUAAAGAAAGCAAACACUUAGAGAAAACUCAAGUGGCAAAAUCUGAUGACCUGUCCAGUUUAAACUGUGCCACAACUGAAGAUGAGAAAAACAGUCUAAGAGAAACCAUAAUAUAUCAACUCAGCUGUUUGCAGGAUUUCCAGGUCCAGACAGCGUGCAUAGACAAACAGAUUUUGGAGCUUGAGGAAAAACAGAGAGCCAAAAAAGCUGAGCAGGAGGCUCAGCAGAGAAUGGUUGAAGAGGAGAUGGAGCAAAUCAAGUUUUGGGAGAAUGAAUUAAAGGCAGAGGAAGGUUACGAGAAAGAUUUGCAAUGCCAGUUCCUCGAGAUGAGGGCAAACGCUGUGGAGUGCAAGACUAAACUGGAGGAGUACAAGCGCAAAAUGCAGGGGCUUGAUUUCUUUGCCACUCAAAACGUUGUUCAAGAGGAUUUAGAGAGGCUUUCAAAAGGUGCAAACUCUGCCACAGAGAUUUCAGCUGUUUCAACUAAGGACCUAAAUCAGCAACAAUCUGAUUCAGAUGGGGAUGUAAACAUUAACAGGAAGUUCCUGCCCAGAGAGGACUUGAACCCUCCUCAUGCUCUAAAUCCUCCCAACCAGAUAAAGGAGCGACGGCCCACAGGGCCCACCGAGCUGAGGGAGUGGUGGGCACGCUGGGCUCAAGCCCAAAUCCCUCAAUCGCAGACUAAAAAGAAGGUGAUCCACCGCUCUGAGCUCACUAUACAUCUGGGCAGUACCAAGGUUUAGAAGCGAAUGAACAGAGGUGACACAUUUUAAGUUAAUAAAUAUUAGGAAGGCUUCAUUGCACACAAGCUGUGGUUAUUUAUUUUCUUAAAAUGCAAGAUGCUGAUCCUCCUGGUUUAACUUGUAUUGAGCAUUUGUAUCAAAGACUGACUGUUCCAUAUUAGAAGGGCGCCACGGUGAUCCUCAGCAAAGGAACAAGGUUAGGAGGUAGAAAUCAAAUGCCCUUCAACAGGAAGUGCUUCAAUAAAAAAAAAUGUAAGCUUUAUUUUGUGUACAGCACAUUUUAAAUCAAGACAAUACAAUUAGAUUCACAAAAUGUUACAUUUUAAAUGACAUCUGCAGGUAGGAUUCCUUGUCCAUGCGACCUUGCAUUCUGGUAAAUUAUGGAAUAUAUUGUACAUGCUACAAGCUUAAUAAAAGAGAUGGAAAUCAAAAGGACAAUAUUCCUGCCUUUGCUUCAAGACAGCUUUCAGCUGAGCAUUUUGGAGAUUCUGCACUUCAGAAAGAUGAACCUUUUUAUACUGAACUAUGUGGAAUUGUGACAGUGAAAGAAUGUGCUGUCUGAAGACAAGCAAAGAACGGUUCUCUAUAACUGCAAUAGUACAUUGCAGCACAGCACAACUUGCUGGUGCAAGUUUUCAUUUUAGAGUGUUUGGACUGGACUGAAAGCUUUCCUUGAGCUUCUUUUCUGGUAAAUUUAUAAAUGGCUGAGAAGCCCCAAUUGUUAAUGUUUCUUACUGGGGAGCACUCACAUUUUUUUUUUCCUAACAAUCGCUGGCUAAUCUCUACAACUGUCUUUUUUUUUUUUUUUUUUUAAAAAUGGAGGUCAUUUCUAGCCCGAAAGUGAAUACUGGAGUGAAACAUUGGUCAACAUAAUAAAAUCGUUUUCGCAG